AGAAGGCGGAGAAAAGAGGUACAGGCGCCGGCCGCCGCCGCCGGAGCACGGAUGCCAGAGUUGCGAUUCGCGAGCGGGGAGCGACCGCUGUCCUCGGACAGGAGCCAGAGGGGCCCCUGUGGGAAGGAAGGAAGGAAAGGAUAAUGUCACUGCUGCUGCUGAGGCUGCCAGCCCGGGAUCCCGAGGAGGAGUCGUGACUCGAGCCUGCCAUGGACCCGAAGGCGGGCGGGGGCGAGGAGGAAGAGGAUGACUGUGUGGACUCGGGAGCUGAGACCGGAGGGUCAGACUACAGCCAUAUGUCCUCUACUAGCAGUGAACUUUCUGUUGAAGAUACCCAGGAUCCCUUCCUUGUCAGUGUCCACGUUAUCACAGACCCAGGUGAGUCCAAAGCCCUCCAGGAAGCCAUCGACAAGGUAUUGGCUUGGGUCCACCCAGAUCUCCAGCUCUUCCGUGUGUCUGAAAGGAGAGUGGCUCGGAAGCGGAAGAGGCAGAACAAGGCUUCCCAGCCAGCCCUUGCUGUCGUUCUCUUCCUACAGGAGGAAUAUGGAGAAGAGCAGAUUUUAGAGCUCCAUGAAACUUUCCAGAGGCCACCGUGGCACUACCACCACACGGAGCGGGUACAUGGCAGGUUCCUCCCCUACCUCCCCUGCAGUCAGGAUUUCUUCACCCUGGCCCCAGGAACCCCGCUGUGGGCCAUUCGUCCAGUACAUUACGGGAAAGAAAUUGUCCGUUUCACCAUCUACUGCCGCCAUGAGAACUUUGCUGACAUCUUGAAGCUCUAUGAGCUGAUCCUGAAAAGGAACCCAAGUCAGAGGAAGUCAGACUUCUGCAUUUUUCCCAUUUACUCAAAUCUGGAUGUGGACAUCCAGUUCUCUCUGAAAAGACUCCCCAGUGGUCAAACUCCAGUGCCCACUGAUUCCUCCGUGCUAGAGUUCCGAGUGAAGGACAUUGGUCAGCUCGUCCCUCUUCUGCCCAAUCCCUGUAGCCCAAUAAGUGAAGGAAGAUGGCAGACAGAAGAUCAUGAUGGGAACAAGAUCCUUUUGCAGGCACACAGUUUAUAUAGAAAGUCUAGAACCAGCAGGCUUCACUGCUUCUCAGAGAAGGCUUCUUCCUCCAUCCCUUCUUGCUUCAUCCCUCGGAGUCGCACCCUCAGCAGCAGCCAGCAGCAGCCAUUCGGCGGUCCAGUCAACGGGCUCCCCAACCCUGACCUAGCCCGUAAGGAUCAGGGAGGACGGACUCAAAGAAAUGCUCGGCCCCUUCCCUGGUCAUUCCAGAGAAGCAAGUCAUUGUUUUGUCUGCCCACCGGAGGCGCCAUCCUUGCCCCUGACUCCUUGCCCUUGGCUGAUCCACUCUGGGGGGUCAAGAGGGGUUCCCCAGCAGAAGAGCCAUUGGAGCGGAAACAGAACCCCAAACUAUCUGUGGAUGACCUGGAAGAUGCCCAGGAAACGGAUGUGGACACGGGCCUAAAGCUCUCCUUCUCAGAUUUGUCCGUGGUCUCAGCCUACUCGGCUCCUAGUGGGUUUUGCAAUAAUUUGGAAACUUAUCUCCCCUCAAGAAAAUGUCAUCCCCAUCAGCCAAAGCAAGGAGCUUCCAAUGGAAGGCCGCUGUCUGCUUCAAGCACACCGCCAACCGAGGCCUCCUGCGCUUCUCUUUCCUGUCUUACUGAGGGGUCAUCCAGCUCUCCCCCAUCAUCUCCCUUUGCAUCCUCCUCCACACUCAAGGAGACCUCUGAGCCCCCCGCUGCCCAUUCUCCAGAUGGCAGGGGGACUAGGGACAGCCCCCAACCACUUGCAGAGUCCUCCAGACCCCCAAAUCAUGAAAUAGAAGAGUUCUACAUCUGAAUUUUCCCUCACUUUCACCCCAUCUUUGGACUCUCAAAAAUUCUCACCCACUCUUGUCCCCAUGGUGCUGCUGAGUUAAAAAUAUUGCUAGUAUUUAUGUAGCAACAUCUGGAAAUGAAUCCCUUGCCCUGUUUCUAAGAAAUUCAUAACCUUUGUGAUAUAAUCGUUACUUGUUAGCAGAGAGCUGUUCUCUUUCUAGAGACAGUAGAGAAGCAGUGACAUUAAGCCAAUAUUGUGUAUCUUUAAAUUGCAAAAUAUUGUUUUAAAAAGAGACUCAACUUACAGACAUAAUUUAUUACUUGCAUCUUUUUACCACUUGAAAUGGACAAAAAUAAGCCAGCCUAUGUAAUUAUGAUUUGAUAAUUUUUACAAUUACGAAGGCAAAAUAAUUAAAGCCAGGAUGCUGAAAUUUGAAAAAA